AUGACUACGAUAGAUAUCGGUGAAUUACAAAUGGUUUCAAAACAUUCCUUAAUUAAUGGAUAUCCCACUGAUUAUGAUCCUUCGUCAAGACCAAUUAUAAGAGAUUGUGGUUGUGCUUUUAGAUUUACUACGACGUUUAGAAAAAAUCGUUUGCGAACAGCUGUACGACCACGUAAAUCAAGUAGAAGUAAAAGUAUUCAAAAAAUAAAAGACGAAAAUGAAUCAAAAGUCAACAUCUCUGAUGAGCAGUUUCAACCUGUGCCUGAAGAUUCUAAAAACAUGUGUACUGAAACUGUUGAGGAUACAAUGAAAUAUUCUGGCUAUAAACAGUAUUCCGUAAAAUAUUUAUAUGAUUAUAAAACAUGUCCAGUAUUGUAUAAAUCAACUUUAACAAUACCAUUUAAUACGGAGGAAGAAACAUUAUUUAGAGAAGAAAUACUUUAUCAAAAAAAAAUAUAUGCAAAACGGGUAAUAGAAACGGUAACAACAAUAACAAAUGGACCUAUUUACAAAGCAACCAUACAUAUCAAUUGCAAUAGCGGAGAUUACGUUACUUUGGAUAAUAAUUUUAAGACUGACCAAGCUGACUCUGAAUGUUAAUUAUGAAUAGAAUUUGACGGAAAGUACAACACGUUUUUAUUUUAUAAUUAUAACGAAAUAUAGGAUUUAAAUAAUUUUGUUUUUGUAAAUAAAUAAGAAUAAAUCAAUGUUAUUUAGUACUAAAGGUCGAUUCAGAUUAUAAUAUUAUUGUUUGUUGUUAAUUCCUCAAACGCAGGAAUACCAUAUUCGAAAUCUGAAUCGAUCAUUAAUUAAA